AUGGAGGCUCAGGCAGAUUCCAGUGCUGCAGAGCCCAAUAGACAGAAAGACUUUCAGAAACUUCUCAAGUCGUCCAGCUCUGCUAGUCUCACGACUGAGGCAUCUCACAAUGCAGGAGAGCAAGUUGGAACCCCUGGGCAUCACUGCAGCCAGGUCCUGACCGCAGAGAGACGGCAGCCGCUGAGCAGCGUGUCUUCUCUCGAGGUUCAUUUUGAUCUGCUGGACCUGACAGAGCUGACUGACAUGUCUGAUCAAGAGCUGGGAGAAGUGUUUGCUGAUUCAGAUGAAGAGAAUCACAAUGAAUUGCCAGCAAAUCAUCAGCCACCAUUGCCUCGUUUCCCUCAUGGCGGUUAUGUCCGAUCACCCUCCUGGACACGAGGGUGCAAAGGGGAGCAGCAGCCCAGAGACAGGAAGCAUCAUAGCGACUCUGAGAACACUGAACCUUUGCUAAAGAUCGAGCGUUCCCAAUCGCAGCAGCCCUGA